UCCCCGGAGGCGUUUGAAGUUUCACUUGAUUCGCACACCCUGCAUAAAAGCAGGCGGCUUCGCUGAGAGCAAACAUCUCCUUCCACCCCAGCCGAGCGAGGCGGACCAGGUCUGGAGCUGCCUGCAGCAGUGGGCAGGACCGCGGGGACAGGCAGGGCUGCCCGCCCGGGUCCGGGAGUCACCCGCAGCGAUAGGCACCGUGCCAGCCCUGCUCCAAGCCUGGCUCACCCAGCAGACCGGCUGCGGUGCUGCCAGGGACCGGGUGGCCUGCCUGCAUCUCUGCCCAUUUACAUGGGCGGCCAUAGAGGUGGGGCAGAGCUCUUUUUCUCUCUCCACAUCAUCCGACGGUGCGGGAGAGUGAGCACUCGGGGUAGUGAGUAACGGGACCGGCUUCAGUCAUCGUCGGGACGAUGGGGAGGAAGCUGGACCUCUCCAAGCUAACGGAUGAGGAAGCCAAGCACGUUUGGGAAGUCGUUCAGCGAGACUUUGAUCUGCGGAAAAAAGAGGAGGAACGGCUGGAGGAGCUAAAAUGCAAGAUCAACCAGGAGAGCAGCAAGAGAGAGUUCCUGACAAAUCAGUCCCACCUCAACGAAACCCACUGCGUCCACUGCCUCCAGCCCUUCAAGUUCCUGCUCAACAGCAAGCGGCAGUGCCAGGACUGCCACUUCUACACCUGCAAGAACUGCAGCCGCUACAACAAGAAGGAGCAAGGCUGGGUCUGUGAUCCCUGCCGCCUCUCCAGGAUCGUGAAGAUCGGCUCCCUGGAGUGGUACUAUGAACAUGUGAGAUCCCGUUUCAAGAGGUUUGGAAGUGCCAAAGUGCUUCAGUCCCUCUACGGCAGGCUGCAGCCGGGGCAUGGCAACAACUCUGUGUUUCUAGGUCUUCAGGACAGAGUUUACAGCCUGCCAGACAUUAACAGUGAGUGCCAGCUCCUCGCCAGUAGUGAUGUUGGGGAUGGCAGUAAUGAUGAAGACAACGUCCUUCGUGGAGCUGAAGCGGAGUGCUACAGCAGAAUGUGCAAGACAAAGCGCCUGCUGUCUGUGCAUCCCUUUGAUUUUGAACUGGACUCGGAGUAUUCUGCUCAAUCUCGUCGCCAGUCUGCACAGCUCUCUCCAGCAGCCAGCAGCCCGGAUGCUUUCCAGUCUUUCCCAGAUUUCCCCAGCCCAGCUGAAGAUGUCUCCCAGGAGUCCAGGAUCACAGAUGCGGAUCUGGUCUUCCACCACAUCUUGCAGGAGCAGGGACCAGGCAGGCUCCCUCCAGAGGAGCACUUCAGCACGGAGGUUCGGCUCACUGUCAACUCCCGGAGAAGGAGCCUGGAGAGAAAUGCCAGACCUGGCAGCCCCUGGAGUGAGCAGCCCCGAUCCCGGUACUCUGCCGAUAUGGACACCUCCGAUGAGGACAUGAAGGAAGCCCAGUUCCCAGCCUACCCCCCCCAUCACAUGAAGCGACGUAACAGAGCCUCCUCUCAGGAGAAUGCCAGCCACUCUGGGAGCCAGAUCCAUGAGCUCAACAAACGCAUGUCUGCAAUCGAACGUGUGCUGAACCGCUUGGAGGAAAAGAUCCUGGUGAGCUCUGAGGAGUCUCCAGCCCCAGACUCCCAGCUUGAUCCUGAUGCAGAGGAGGAGGAGUUGAAGAGGAAGCUGGAGGAGUUAGCCAGUAAUAUCAGUGACAAGGAAGUCUCUUCUGAAGAAGAGGAUCGUGAAGAAAAGAAGAGAGCAAAGAAACCAGAGAUGAGUCCCUCCUGUGAUGACAUGGCCAGAGAGGCUCGAAAGAGGUCAUCAGCUCAAGCUUUGAGCGAAAUCACAGUCAAAGUGCUGAGAACCAUAAAUGCCACGGAGCAAGCGGUGUGUGAGUUGUUGCAUGGAGAGAGGCAGUGCAACGGUGGCUGUGUCCUCCCCGCAGGGCAUCCUCCCAGCCUGGGCAAUGGGAAGGAGGUGGCCGAAGCGUACCGUGAGCUUGAAGAAAAUGUAUAUCUGACUGCUGGGAAGACCUUCCGGCUUGAGAGCACCCUCAAAGAGCUGGAAGAAGGGGCUCAGCACAGCGGCACAACUGACUCGGAGCUGUCAGAGCUGGAAGAUAAAGUGGCCUCAGCAGCUGCUCAGGUGCAACAGGCAGAGAGUGAGGUUUCAGACAUUGAAUCUCGGAUCGCGGCUCUGUCAGCUGCGGGGCUGACAGUGAAGUCGGUGGAGAAGGCAAGGAAGAAGUCGAAUGGGCAGGCUGCCUGCCUCCACUCUUCUGGUGCCACCAGCAGCAGUCCCGGGGAGUCUUUGGAUGACGUUAAAGCGAUGCCUGGACUGCAGGGGUUCAGGAGGAAGUUCAACAGUCCCCUCGACAUCCCUGGUCUUGACGACUCCUUUGACCGCAACUCUGUUUACCGUGGCUCCCUGACACAGAGAAACCCCAACGGGAAGAACAGGAGAGUGGAGAGGCUCUUUGCGAAGCCUGUGAUGACCCACCUGUCCUGAGGAGAGGGAGACCCUCCUGCCACUGCAUUUCACUGAUGCAAGACCUCAGCGCGAAGCCUCACCUCCUUCCCCACAACACUUGUUCUUCCUUCUCCCAUCUUCAUCUCUCCCUGAAGCCCUGGACAGGAGGGGAGCCAGAGGUUGUGGCCAGGAAGUCUUGCUGGUAGCUGCCAGGGAGAGGAGCAAGGCACUUGGGGUGCAGACCCAUGGCUAGGGGCUCUCAUGGGAGGAUGCAGGCAUGAGACCUUUGCUUAAGGCUGCUUUUUGGUAUCAGGUUAACCAAGGGGACCGGAGAGGUGCAGAGGAGUGAGCUCCUCAGAGGGAGCUGGAUGCCAGUGUGGCUUCCCAACAUGGGGACCAGGGGCAGUGACACCUUGUCAAAAGCUGUCAGUGCCUGUCCCUGCUCUUCACCUCCUGGUCUUGACUGGGGACAGGAGCUGACAGUGCAGGAUGUUCUUGGGUACCUCAGGUAGAGCAGGGACCCAGGCAUCCUGGGCUGGGAUUCACACCCCAGUGCUGGUCCCAGCUCCCUGCAAUGUCCCCUGGAGCACCUCCUCCCUUCCCAGAGCAGCAAAGCAGGGUGGGAGCAAUGCUGACUCCCUCCCAGUGAGCCCUUGUCCAACAGAUCUUUACACAAAGCCAUGCAAACACCCACUGAGGCUUCACACAGCCGUGCUUGAAGCAGCCAUGACCAUGUAAGGAUGUGAGUGGGGCAAGGCUUGUGGG